CAUGAUGGAUAACAUAUCUGGCGGCCAAAACACGGAUAAUAUUGCGAUUUUUUAACCAGGGUUUAGUUAUAUCCGGAAUCAUCUCACAGCUGACAUGACCACAACCAUUAGGUAGAUUGCUUUAAAGGAGACACUUAUUUAUACACAAAAAGAAUUAACCUUCAACUUAGCACAUCCAUCAGGUUAAGCGCAAAAAGCUACCUUGACUGUUCACAUUGGAUAGUCCCGAAGACCUGAAAUCGUAUUGUAAAAUCAAGAAUUCAGAGUCAAGAAAACAAUUUGUUUUCACAAAUUAGUUAGAAAAGAUAUUAGGAUUGUUGUCUUAAUAUAUAUUCGACUUAAUUCCUGUGGGCACAAGUUUUACAAGUUGACGAGGUUUUGAAACCAACAGUAACACGAUAACCAUAUCAACAUGAUCAUAAGCGCGGUUAUCCCAGUCAUAUGAAAGAUGUUGCUUCCUAAUGAGCGAAUGACUAUUAAAGAAAGGAAACAUGACUAUCUUUACGAUCCCUUAUACAGUCUUUCAAGUGCAGCUGACCAUGAACGGGUUGCAACUAAAGAUCAUUUAGAUGUGUCGAAAAUGCAAAAAUUGUUCUCCUUUCAGAAUUUGUUCAGUGAAGUACCCAUAUAUCGUCCUUAUAUAUGGCGUCUAAAUCCAAGUGAUCCCGUACCUAUGUCCAUGUCUAGGUAUUUUCACCCUGUAGAUGUUUGCAAAAAGUUAAUCCAAAUGAGUCAGCUUAAAAAAAACAAAGAUCUAAUGAUUGGUCAUGUGUUUGAGGGUAUGGAUCGGUCGAAAUAUUUCACCCAUCAUACCUUAUCUCUUUGCCCAUAUCCUUCAGGAAAUCCGAAAAUUAUGGAUAUUACGUUGGACUCUUUAGUAGGAAAUGAAAAUAUCACCCAAAUAGAUCUAAGGCCGAAACGACCUGUCUAUAUAUCACGUUAUGUGCAGACAAUGUAUCGUGAUUCAGAGGCGCAAACUGACCCAUAUUCUCCAUUGUAUGUUGUCAAUACAGGGGAAAACCUUGAGACACUGAAAUUAACUUCGUUGAGUUAUGGAUAUGGACUUCCAGUCGGAUUAUUUGAUGUUGAAAGAAUUGAACGUGCAAGACAAAGACGAGAAAUUGAAGCAAAUUUACCGCCGUAUAAAGAUAUUGCAAAUAAUCUGGUACAAAUUGCCAAACGACGUAAAAUUUUGGAAGGUUUAGAAAAUCUUGAAUGGUACUUCAGAGAAAGAGAGGUUGAAGCAAUGCAAGAAGUUCGACUAAAUGUAAUCGUUCAACUUUUGCGUAGACGUGAACAACGUAAACAAGAAGUCAUAUCUAGGCGAUUAGAUCAGAAAUGGAGCGAAAGUUGUGCACAGAAUGAGACAAAAUGCAGAGCUAUAAAAUAUCGUUAUAUUGGAGAGUUACGCAAAUUAUUGAAACUUCGGUUAGCUGCUAAAGAAUAUAAAUUUAAACGUGAUAUGAUAAUGGAUUAUGCUAAACCAUCAUCUCAAGUUUUUGCUCCACUCACGCGACUUGGUGUAUUUCCAGAUCGUAGUUCUGAACGUUAUGUUGUAAAAAAUAUAUAUUCAUCGCGUUAUGAAGGUCUACUUACUUUAGAAGCCAGAUUGCCUCGAUUCGCAUUCCAACCAAGAAUUAGAUUACAACAACCGAAACUACACACAAAAGAUGGAUUUUUAAAACGUAAAUAUCGCCAUCAAAAAGAAUUAGCUGAAUUACACGAUUAUUUGCAAAAACCCUCAGUAAGUGAACGACAUACCGCUCUAAGAAAACCACGAUUUUUACAAAAGAUUGAAAAACCUAUGCCACGUCCAAUAACGUCAGAUUAUAUAACAAUAAAAAGUGAAGAAUCUGAAAGACAAGAAGUAGCUGUAAUUAUGUUGCAACAAUUAAUUCGCGGGCGUGCAAUUCAGACUCAAAUGUAUGAGGGUAAACGAAAACGUAGUGAAUUAAUUGCUGAGUCAAGGUCAACGCAUGCUCUGUUAGAAGAUGAACAAGCUCAAAAAAAACGUGAAAAAUUAACAAUUUUAGCAAAACAAGAAGAUUUCAGUCAUCUUUUGCAUCAAGAGCGUCUAGUAGAAAAUAUCUUAGGACAGUUUGAAUGUGAUAGUUUAGCUAAUAUGUUAGAUUUUCUAAGUAAAGAAUUGGAUCGUCUAAUCGAAGAGCGACGUAUACAUGCAUUAGUACUAAUAGCAGAACGUCAACGUCGUAUACGAGAAGCGGAAGAAUGUGGUACACGUCAAAAAGAAGAGCGCAGAAGGAGAGAACAAGAUGAAAUUUUCAAACAGGUAAACGAUUUUAACUAGAUUUUAAGUAACCCUGAUUUUUGUCAUUCAUGAUGUAGCCAGUUUAUUUAUCCACUUAUUAUAGGUAAAAUCAACCUAUUAUGCAGACCAUUGAAUCGUUUAAUACGGUUUAUAGUUAGAUGUUUUACCUCAUUAAUUCACAUAGUAUUAUGACAAUUUUAACUUCUUUGAAUUCUGUCUAACCAGAACUCGAGAGAAGAACGUUGUUCUCAUAAAUUUGUAGCGUAGUGAAACAUGGUUGACUAAAGAUUGUACAGUUGAGCGAUUUACACAAAACUAUUUCUUUAAUAGAUAAUACUGAAUUUUUUUUAGAUAAAAACCAAGUAUUUAUGAGCUCUUUAAACAGUUUAAAACAUAAAAAUAUCUGGUAAAAUGUGAAUACUUUAAAGCUUCGUAAGUGCUAUUUAACUUAUCAUAGUAUCAAAUUCUCUGAAGCUAUUUACAAUCAAUUCCGUUACAUAAUAACUGAUAUAUGCAGCAUCUAAACCUCUAACUAGAAUCAUCCAGAAUCCUCCUCCUUCACAAUAGGUAAUAAGUAUUUUAUACUGUAUAUACGGUUUCUCUCAAAAUAUGUUCUCAAACUGUCGUCUGAACCAUUUAUUCUGUUUACAAAUUCAAAUUUUAAGUAACGGUAAAAAGCUAAAAAAUGAAACACAGCUCUUUAUCCUAUUUGGCGCUUUUAACUAACUAUUGUCCAUGUCCCCAUACUUCAUAUCAGUACAUCCAAAUAAGGUAAAUAAUAAGUUAACGAAGUAAUGCAAUGAAAAGGUAGUGGAAAAUGAGAGAAAAUGACUUAUAUUUUGAAAAUAGUGAAUGAAAUUGAGUAGUGAGAACUGCGGAACAAUACAAAUGAAGAUUUUGACCAUGUAAAUGAGUGGAUAAAUUUUCCACUUAAUGUCUGCAUUCAUAGAUUACGGCAACUUUGAGAACUGCAACCAGAAAACUGAAUCUUCUCACACGGCUAAGUAUAACGUUCGGAGACUGAAUGAUAUUGAUUUAGCCACUAUUUUAGGUUAUCUAGAACAAAACGACAAGUUAGAUGAAAAAACGCUCGGUUUUUUCCUUUACACAAAUGGAACGUUAAUUUACCUUAGUCGAAUAUCUACACUAGAUACCCUCCUAGUGUAUAUUCUACAGGACAUCAAUACAACUCGGAUCAAGAACAUGUGAUUGGAAUGACUAGAACAUAAGUAUAUUACCACACCAACAACCGAUAAUAAUAAUAAUAAUAAUAAUAAUAAUAAUAAUAAUAAUAAUAAUAAUAAUAAUAAAGGGUGGAAAAAUAUGUCACUCAUCUAAUAUCAGUCAGAUUAUUUACUAAUCUCACUAGGUAAACAACCAGACAUGAGUUACAUGUUCAAACUAUCUUCAAUGAUAAAGGAUCAUAACUUCAGUUACCAAUUUAUCAUUUCUACUUAGACUUAUUGAUUUACUUUAGUAAUGCUGGGGAGACAUAUGGAAUAGUAAGUUCAUCCACUCUAUAAAGUUUACUAUUUGAGCCCUAUCGAUCGAGACAGGCAAUCCCACCAUUAAAUUAAAUGGUAAAACAAAACUAUACCUGGUUGUUAUAUAUCUUAAGACAUUGUUAUAUCCUAGCGAAGAAUUAAUUACGAGUAACUUAUUCCUGUUGUAUAACUAUUCAGUAACUAGAUUAUGUAUAUCUAUAUUCCUCUGAUUAUAAGCUUCAUUUAGACCUAUAGAUUAUCAUCAUACGAUUUACUAUUCUUAAGUUAUGUCCAGUUUAUUGAUUAUUGAAGCUUAUAAUAAGAAGAAUAUAGAUAUACAUAAUCUAGUUACUGAAUAGUUAUCCAAUAGGGAUAUAUAUAUAAUAUUAACCAAUUAAUAGUUCUCAGAAUUUACCAGUAAUUUAUUCUUCGCUAGGAUACAACACAUAUCAUGAAGUUUACACUAAUUUACCUUCCCUAGAAAAUUUAAAUACAUUUCCGUAACAGUCAUAUUUUAAAGAACUUGUGUAUUUUGUAACUGAACUUUAAUCCACCAAGUUAUCACUUUUCAGGUAUUUUCAAUACAUCAUUAGUUAACGUUUUUUUACUAUUUAGCUUGUUAAGGUACACGAAGAUACAGUUGAUAGUUAUCUGAUAAAUAUUGCUGGCUUAGCUGUAAAUAGUGCAGCUGAUUACUUAGCUAAGGAAGAAAUUUCGACAUUAGCUCAAAAAAUUGAACAAGCUAAUCUCUAUGAAUUAAAUCGUGGUGAAUUAGAAACAAAUGAAUUAGCUGCUGAAUUAAUACAUAAUUUCUUAAUACCGUUUGUAAGUUGUAUGAUAUUAACUGUUUUGAAAAAAAAUGUUUGUCUUUCUUUAAAUGAUAGUUUUUUUUUGUUGGCUGGCAUCAAAUGGAAAAUCACUAAAACCAGGAAGCAUUGGCAGUGAUUCUCAUUUUUUUAGACCCGUCAACAUUACCCAGUCAUUACCCCGCCCCCUCACAUGAGAUUGAACCCAAAACAUUAGGAUCUCUUAGCAUACAUAAUGCCUUAAAACCACUCAGUCACUGGUUCACAUGUCAGACUCUAUUCAGUCAACAAUAAAGUUGAGAUUGUAAACCGUUAAAGGUCGAUUCAGGAAUCUUAUAGCAAUAGGUUUGUUAGAAAAUCUGAAGUUUUUAAGUUAAACUUCACAGCUGGUAUUAGUUCACCGGUUGAUGUCAUUUCAUAAUGAAGAUUAUUUUUAGAAAUUAAUUAAUCUCCAUAAACGCAGCUGAACAAAAAUGUUUUUAUUGUAAAGAUUUUGUGGAAACCUGUCUAAUUUGUUGGUGAUCUUCUUCAAAGAUUGACGAUAGUUGAAUGUAAUCAUAAACUUAAUAUUUUUAUACUUCAAGAUGAGUUUUUGAACUUCUGGUGAAAAAUCAUAAUCACUGAACUUGAGCUAUUUCAUACAUAAGACUGUCUUCACUAUUGGCUGUAGAUGGAUGACAUGGUGUGAUUCGAAUUGCGUGAAAUCGGAAUUUAAUGUUUAUUUGAUGAUAAACUAAUGGUCCGCUGGUUACGUACUCUCAAGGAACCCCGAAGAUCUCAGGCCCUAUCUCUGGUGUAGUCUGAUCAUCACUGAUGAGGAAUCUCAUGCUAGAAAAGAACAAUGCUCCUGUUUUGAAUGCUAUCUUCAACUGAUUUUCUGUUUAUACCUAAAUAAAUAAUUACGAAAACAAGAUUCUACUUAAGGUAGCUUGAAAAAGAUGAAUUCUUUAUUCAUGAACUGAUAUCAACUGAAGAGUUGUUAGAAAUUAGUCUGUAUUGAGAACUAUCUAAUAUUAUUGAUCUCAGCACUCUGUCUCACAAAGGAGGCCUACAGCAUCACUUACUUACUCACUCCUGUUGCCUUUCGUGAAGCAGCAUAGGUCGCCCAUCAGCGUUCUCCAUCCAACUCUGUCCUGGGCAAUCACGGGGACCAUUUGAUGUUUUUACUUCACAUGAUUGAGAAUCAGUGUCAGCGCUCUAAUUUCCGUAAAUUUGUAACAUACAGCAAAAAACCUCAUACUAGAAUCGAUGGAAAUUCGUCUCCACACUUAAUUUUGUUGACUCUACAAGUUAAUUUUUAUUAUCACUUUCAGAAUAAGUACAUAAAAUUCUCUAGUUGUCAAUACCAAGAUUGAACUUGAUAGUCUAAAGUAAAUUGAGCAUUAGGUAGGAAGUUAUUAAGGAUAAAAUAAUUAUACUAAAAACGCAAUAGAUCUCUUUUUAGCGAAUUUAUUAUCAAGCUGUACAAUCGUUUAUCUGUAUGAAGUUUUUUGUUAAAGUGUUAUGUCCCGAUAAGCAUAGUGAAUGGUAACUUUCGCGAUCCAUUUAUGGAUCAAUACUAUGCGUAUAUUUUUAUCGUAUAAUUGUUAAAUAACUAAACUGUUCAUAUUCAUUUCCCUCUUAUUAUAAGCUUUAUUUUAACGUACGAACUAUUAUUAUACGAUUUACCAUUCUUGAAUUAUGCCCUGGCCAUUAAUUACUACCUCCCACAUUCACAGCCACAUUUGGCCAAAUCUUGUAUAAAUGUUGUUUCCUAUUUUAUUGGUACGAUGUGGUCUGUCUGGUUGCUAAAUAAACCGAGUAUGUUUGAAAUAAAUGAUUCAUAUUGCAGAGGCUGAGAUUGGUGUUCUGGACAUAACUGGGUGGGCUAGGCAGUAAGCAGGACCGAUAAGUACUCUAGACCGCUCGUACGUGUUUUAUGCGCAUGUGUCACUGGUCCGAUCGAUAAUUCACUGCUCCAUAAUUGGCGGUCAGUGGUAUAACACAAAGUAUUAUUUCCGUGAGGGCAAAUGAACAAUGAAUAAACAUGAUGAUGUAAUAAAUAGAUUGCGUAAUAUGAAUAAUAACAAUUACCGAUUGUGUGUACAAAUAGGAAAACCUUGUAAAAUUCAUAAGUUAGCAACGGAUGAUAAUGUGGAUGAUGUAAGUUGAUUAAAAUAUCCAGUUCUUCCAGGCUUUCAAUGAUGUUGUAGCUUAAAUCGUUCUACCUUUUUGUGCGAAAUGUAGAGCUCCCUAUUCUUCUUUGGAAACAUUUAAUGGGAAGCAUUAGUGUUUUGGCAAAAUUCGAGAUGAUUUUUAACGUAAUGUGUGUGACUAAUUUUCUGGUAUCUUUUGGAAUACCAGUUCAGGAAUUGGAGCAAUUUCUAGAGUAUUGAAAGAUCUUCUAUGUAAAUCAAAAUGUGAUCCUGUUUCUAGUAGACCUAUUUCACGAGUACUAAUAGGUCUGUUUGAAAGAUUACGAACCACCCUCAGAUCAUGAGAAGUAGAUUUCGUCAGUAAUUUUGACUGAAUUAGAUAUUCUAAUUUGUUUUCUCUAUACUACUUAGACUUGUGUUAAUUGAUUUACAUUAUUUAUCCAUUUACUCUGAAUCAGUGAAUUAGAUUAAGUCACGGAACGUCAGAAAUGCGAAUUUCUACCCAUUGGGAUAUCACAAAAAUAUAAUUAUUUUAUCAUUAUAAAAGUUUCUGUUUUGACAAUAUAACAUGAACGAAAGAAUCGAUCAUUACUAAGCUGUAUAAAAUAGAAAUCGGUAGAUUUAACUAUUACUGAAAUCAUGAACUGAUCUCAUUUGGUCAAUCGAUGUAAAUUUAAAAUCAUGGAACGGCCGUUUCGUCAUAGUACUGAACUCAGCAGUGCACGUCUACGACCUCGCACGUGGGAGUCGAACGAAAGACCUUCAGUCUCGCGCGCGAACACUUAACCUCCAAACCACCGAGCAAAAAUUCAGUGGUGUAUCGGUCUAACUUCAAUCAAGCCACGGUAUUGCACGACUAUCCAAUGCUUUCAGGUUUUCAAUCCUUGUCUAACUUAGGUCUGUCUGUGAUUUCAAUGAUACUCAAUAACCUUCAUAAAACCGUGCUGAAGAUUUAUCUUUGUACGUCGUAUAAAUCAAUAUAUGAAUUAUAUGUAUUCAGUAAUUUUUGGCUAUAUUGUGCAAAAUGAACACUUACUCAUCCGACAUUGUCGUUUAUUCAUGACAUGUCGAUUUCUCUCUCUUUAUUACACAUGGAUAAUCGUUUGAAGACUUUUAAUAAAAAUAAUUUAGAUCCCUAAUAAACAAUCACGAACUAUCUCGAAUUUACAUAUAUCUGUUAUUGUCAUGAGAAUUUAUUACCGGACGAAUUAAACUCUACAACCUAGCUUGUUGGACAGAAAUUAUUGAAGUUUAAGUGUAGUUCACUGCAAGUGUCCUAUCGAUAAAUAUUUCUUCCCAACCUACCAUUUGUAUCUCGUUUCAUUCCAAGGUCUACAAACUGAAGCAUCUUGUCAUGUUCAUGUUCCACUGUAAAUCGGGUAAUUGCGUGUGGCGUAUCGAUAGGUUUCAGUAUUUGAGGAGCAUGUUGAUAAUCAUCACAGGCCACAAAUGCACAUUCAAUUUACGUGACGUACAAUGUUUUGUCAUUGAUUACUGAUUUCGUUGCCGUCUUUCAUAGGUUUUCCGUACCUCAGUGGGCUACCCAUAACAACUCUAUUAAUACGAAAAUAUCAGACAUUAUUGAAUCAAAAGUGGUUAUCUUUGGUGAAUAUUUAUAGAAGCUACCUAAAUUCAUCUUCUGUUAGGAGGUUAAGUCAGAGUAAUGACAUGUUAUUUGCAUGGGUUAUUCUAUCGAGAUGCUAGUAAAUAACAGUGAUAAAUAAAAUAAAGCCAUGAAUUUAUCGAAGAUUUCAAUAUUUUCUAGUCAUUGAAUAAAUUAUAAAGUGUCUAUCAAGCUUUGAACAGAUAAAUUUAAACGAAUCAGUCCUAAAUAAUGGGCUAAUCAGUGGGUGAGAUUGUGAAAUGAAUUGAUAAUAGUGGUCAGAAAAAAAAUUAGGUUUAUGUAUUUUUGGUAUGGAUUUUGUGAGUGUAUCUUGGGAUAUGGAAUUUAAAUAAAAACAAAAGUAUUCUCUCAAUUCUAUUCAAGUUAAAACUUCAUAAGUUGCAGAUAAAUUUCCCCGGAAUGUCUACACGUAGUUGGUCUUGAAAAAGGACUUUUGAUAAUAUCUUUUCACUUUCUAUAAACUUUUGACGCAACCUCUCGGAGGAAAUAGUAAAAUUCACCGCACAAUAUUGACUUCUUCAACGACUUGAUUUGGAUCAGAAGCUCUGGUUCUUAGUUUACAUACUAGGUCUGUUGCAGCUUCAACAUAAGAUUUUUCAUUGGUGGAGGUAAUGCUCAUCAGCUCAAAGUUCCCAUUUUCUAACACUGACAUCUGGUAUAGUUUUUCCUUAUUUACUGCUCUUUUCAUUAUUCUUUUAUAUAGUACCUACAAUGAUUUUUAAUGUAUAAUUCUAUUGUGUUUAGGCUAUAAGCAGCUAAUAAAAAAACUGUGAACUAUUAUUAAUUUAUGUUAUUCUGUUACGUUAGUUAUCCUUCCUUUAAUGAGAUUCGGAAAAAUGUAUCGAUAAUUAUUUAUAAAUGCUUCUAGGUAAACAAAAGUUCACAUGAGUUACAUGAGGAACGACGGAAACGCAAAUAUUUAAAUGGUGCACAUCGUGAAAUAUGGGGCCCAUCACACGAUGCUUCUGGAAAUGUAUCCGACUCAACUGGUCUACAAUUAAAACAUCAUGAUACAACAACCUCGACACCAAAUGUCUGGUGGUGAAAUAAGCAGAACAGUCAGUUAUGCCAAAUGCAAAUACCAUGGAUAGAAAAAGAAAGGAAAUUAGACACACCGACUAAUAACCUGGAAGUACGCUACAGUGACAACAAUAGUGAUGAUAAUAAUAAUGUACGACAAUUUUAUUUAAUCCUUAACGAUUAUUGUUUUCACUUAAUUCUUUGGUCAUAAGGAGAAAUUUACCAAGCAUUCAAUUAAUAAAACGUAUAUUUUCGUUCAUGUAGCCAUAUAUGAUACACUCACCCUGUCAAUAUUAUCUAAACUAGGAAUAUUUUGUUAAAUUUAAUGUGACUUUUGAGUCUAUAUUUAUUACUUUUGGGCAUUUUUAGUUCUUAGUAGUCAGACAUCACGAUGAUUUCGAGAAAUAUUUUCAUUUUGACAGAUUUUUUGUAAAAUUUAAUAAAACGAACGUAGACAAAUUAUCUAAUCGAAUUGUUAAGAUAAGCAGAUUGCGUAAUAAUACAAUUGUUAAUUGAGAAGUUUUUCAAAAACACAAGAGUAACUAAAUAAAAGCCUCUGGUAAAUUAAGAGGCUGUACAAACAUUUCGAUACACAAAGACUAAGGUUAUUAUUGUAUACACCUAUGUUUUCUACUGUAUGUAAAAGACACAUUAUGGGAGCAUAGGGUAAGUUUAACGGACUUCUAUAAAUAAGUGUGGCAUCUAAACUUACCGACUUUGACUUAAUAUCCCAAAACAGAGCUUCUUACUUUUUUCUCCUUCUCCCUCGACUAAGCAAGAGUCACCUCUAGAAAUAUGAUAAUAUAUUUACUUGAUUGUACAUAAAAUACAACUUCCUCCACAAGAGCAGUUGGAUCAUUAAAUAGAUGUUAUUCCUACAACCUACAUUCACAGCCACAUUUGGCCAAAUCUUGUAUAAAUGUUGUUUCCUAUUUUAUUGGUACGAUGUGGUCUGUCUGGUUGCUAAAUAAACCGAGUAUGUUUGAAAUAAAUGAUUCAUAUUGCAGAGACUGAGAUUGGU